ACGGUUUAUAAAUAUUUACUGGCUGCUUGAACGUGCACUUUACUUCACAGUAAUUAGAGGUGACACGUAAACUCUAAUAGUAACUGAAAUAACGAGGUGUCGUAAAAAUAUUGCAAAUACGUAUAAGAAUGUGAUACACCCAAUCAUACCUAAGGGCAAAUCACUUGCGAUCUCGUUGAGUAUUUGUACGUGUGGUUGUCAAAUAGUUAUGAACGUGUUAGUGUGAUACGUUGAGACAAAAACAUUCUUCACAAAUAAGGACUCGAAAAAAUUUGAAAUUUCAAACAUAAUAAAUAAAUGCACAGAAUGCCGCGGCAAUAUUUUCGCCUAAAAUUAUGCAACACGCAAAGGCCAUAUACAUUUAAAAUAAAGCAUAACGUAUGCGAAUAGCCAAUUUCAACAAGCUUCUAUCAUAUAUAAAUAAAAAGUUGUGUAAACGCUGGAUUAAUUUUGUGAUGAAUGUGCUUUCAUAUAACUACUUCGAACAGUUUAAGGUGACUGCUGAUGAAUCAACAAGAUGGACGAAAAUGUUUGUUACAUUAAUAGAAUUCGAAUUAAUUCUUCCAUUAAUGAGCAUGAGCAACAACGGCUACUUUUGGUGUUGAAAUCAUAAGUAAAUUCAUCAUCAAAAAAUAUAAAAAUCCCGUCAUGAACGAAACAGAGUGUGAUAAUUUGGUAACAUCAUUAAAAUGGACUGAUCCAGCAAACGUUAUCUCGUUAGCCAUUCUUUUAUUUAUUAUUUUAUUGGUGAUAUCUGGAAAUUCUCUAGUUAUAGCCGCUGUAUUUUGUUCAAAUAAAUUACGUAGUGUUACGAAUUAUUUAAUAGUAAAUUUAGCUGUUGCAGAUCUGCUAGUGGGGUUGGCUGUUCUGCCAUUUUCAGCAACGUGGGAAGUAUUUAAGGUAUGGAUAUUUGGCGAUGUGUGGUGUAGCAUAUGGCUUGCCGUUGAUGUGUGGAUGUGCACAGCAUCCAUAUUGAACUUGUGUGCAAUCUCUUUGGAUAGAUAUGUGGCUGUUACGCGCCCUGUUGCUUAUCCAAGUAUAAUGUCGACAAAGCGCGCUAAAUCUCUUAUUGCUGGAAUUUGGGUGCUAUCAUUUGUUAUCUGUUUUCCGCCACUAGUGGGCUGGAAGGAUCAUAAGCCAACAAUUCAGCCAACCUACAUGCGGGGAAAUUAUACGCUUUUCUAUUCCACAACUUCAGCAUCGAUGGAACACAAAUUGGAUUUUGGACAUGUGCAACACCCACAACCAUAUCAGACUAACCAGUCACUUUUCUUAACGGGUAUAACACCAGCAAUGGCGAUGGCAGUAACGGACGGCUUCAAUUAUCCUGAUGCCGCCUAUGUAUCUCUGGAAAGUGGGGAGUUCAUUGAUAGAACAGUACCUGCAAAAUUUUUCUAUGGAAAGUCAUUGUGUUCCACGAAGUGUGAAUUGACCAAUGAUCGCGGUUAUGUAGUUUAUUCGGCACUGGGAUCCUUCUAUAUUCCAAUGCUUGUGAUGCUCUUUUUUUAUUGGCGCAUAUACAGGGCGGCUGUGAGAACGACCCGGGCUAUUAAACAAGGAUUUAAGACCACUAAAGGGUCGAAAGGCAUCCGUUCUCGCAUUGAUGAACAACGCCUUACACUGAGAAUUCACCGUGGUCGCGGGUCGAACCAGCAGGAUUCAACGCACAGUAAUGGCAGCACACAGAGCACCACCACCACACUAGGCACUCCAUCACCGGAACGCCUUUCAAAAUACACCACUCGUCGGCCGUUCCAUCAUGACAAAAUUAAGAUAUCUGUUUCGUAUGCGUCCAGUGAAACCAUCAAUGAGCUGCCUAGUGGCGAUUUGGCCGGUUUACGUGAGAAUCGACCUUCCAGCAGUGCCAGUGUGCUUUACGCGGUACACUAUAACUCAGCCAAAGGCAGCGAAGACACCGAAAUAAAACUCUAUCAGCAACAGCAAUGUAACAAUUGUUAUCUACAAGUUGGCAAAAGCAUGCCAGAGAUUGAGCGUCGCCAAUCGAACAUCAGUGAUAUAAGUCAUCAUUAUGGGGCAUCAACCGGGCAACAACAGCAACAACAUCGGAAUAAGAAGAUCGGACGCCGAAGCCUCAAAACACAAGUGAAGCGCUUUCGAAUGGAAACAAAAGCGGCAAAAACUCUCGCCAUCAUUGUAGGUCUCUUUAUUUUUUGCUGGCUCCCAUUUUUCACAAUCUACGUUAUUCGAGCCUUUUGUCAGGAUUGCAUUGAUCCCUUUAUCUUUUCCAUACUUUUUUGGCUCGGUUACUGCAAUUCCGCCGUCAAUCCAAUGAUUUAUGCGCUCUUUUCGAAAGAUUUUCGCUUCGCUUUUAAACUGAUUAUUUGUCAUUGUUCUUGUUCUCAAGAAAGAAUUUCGCUGAAAAGUUCUAGACGGGGUAGCGACAUUUCAGCCGGACGUAUUCGUGACCGCAGACCCAGCAUUACUCCAAGCGUAGCGGCACAUUCAUUAGGCGACGAGAGCGAAAUGCAUCUCUCUGAACUGAGUAGCGAUCACAGGUGACGAUCGCUUGGACGCAGUUCAAGCUCUCUGAAUAGUUUGGGAUUUCGAAAGACCAGUUUGAAUGACUCGGUGUAUGAGAUAUGCUAUCCGCUGGUGAUGAAAUCUUCAGUGAGCUCCUAUGCAGAUAAUUGUAUAAAGAGCACGAGUCCUGUGGUUUGUGUAAGUGGGAGGGUGCUAUGUACGCAAUUGUAGCGGAUACUAUUGGUUGUGUUAUUAUGCUUUUUUGUCUCGAUAACAACACAAGAAUCUAUAAACUCUUUUGAUAUUAUUUGUAACAUUAAAAUAAUUAUUUAGAACAGUGAAAGAAACGUAAAAGAGGGACUAUUGGUUUUCUUUCUUGCGAUUUGGUAUUUUGAAUGUCAAAGUGACUGACUCUUUAUUCGUUUGUUUACAUUCUGACUGAAAUUUUAACAUUAAAAAUACCAAAUUGCAAAAACCAAAUAUAUGUAAUUGUUAUUGUCGCUUUAGUUCCACCAUCUUGUACAGAUUCGCCUUGGAAAGAAUCUUGUUGUCACGAAAAAUAUUUACAUAAGCUUUUAUUGAGUAAGUACAAAUAUAAGUAAGUAAUAAAACGCAAACAAAACGCUUCAAAUACAUACACAAGUAUAACUAUAUCCUUUUAUAAAAUAAAACGAGUUAAUUGAUUCAAAAAUAAAUAUAAAUAAAUGUUUGGCACGUUUAACCUUAAUACAAGCAUGUCUCUAAUUGGAGAUGUGCUUGUGUUUUUUUCCGCUGCAAUGGUGAUUUGUAUGAAAAUUUUUUCUUUGUGGAUUUUACGCAAAACCCUGUAUGCUAUAACCAAUUGUUAUGUAUUGUUUUAUUGUUUUGCCAUUGAGAACAAAAACCAAAUCUUUAGAAGCAAAUAUGCCCUGUAGUAGGAUUUUUCUAAAAAGGCAUGUAAAACCGUAUGUAUGUAUAUAAAUAAAGAACUUAAUGAAUAAUACCAAUAAUAAUAGAAUAAUACACACAUCCACUUUCUUCCCAAUGCGGCAUUUUCAUUUUAAAUUUAACUAUACAUUUAAAAGAAAAUACGUACGCUUACACUUGAAUAUGGACCCAACCCUGUGUAUUUACCCAUAAAUGCCCUCUUUCGUAUUUAGAUAUUUAAUUAAUUUAAAAGAAAAUACGUACGCUUACACUUGGAUAUGGACCCAACCCUGUGUAUUUACCCAUAAAUGCCCUCUUUCGUAUUUAGAUAUUUAAUUAAUUUCGGGUGGAGUGGUCAUUUGAAUAACGAAUACGUGGCGUAACAACCCAUUGGAUUUACCUUUAAUGGCAUGUCUUAUCUUUACAUGUCUUAUCUCAUUUGCCAUUAAAAAUCGAUUCGAUUGUGAAUGUUUAUGCUAUUUGUUUUCUAUCUGAAGUAAAAUUAAAGUAAAAUUAGUUGAAAUUUUAUUAUUAAUGAUUUAUACCCAUUACCUUUAAAUCCAAAUUUACUGGUUGGAUAUUUAUCCUAACCGUGAUCGAUAGCAAUGCAAGCGUGUGCUUGCGUAGGACAAAAAAUUUGCCGUAAUUCAUAAAAUCCAUUGUAAUCACUCUUGCCAACCUAGGCCACUUUUAACCAAUUAUGGGUUGGUGUGUGACUACCAUGUUCAAGGCUUAGGUUCGAACCUCCGUGAAGCACCCAAAUGAAGAAAACUUUUUCUAAUAACGUUUGCCCCUCGGUAGGCAAUGGCAAAUCACGAAAGAGCUCUUAAUUAAAAAAUAUUUGCCGUUCGUAGUCGGAUUAAAACUGUUUUACAAGAUUUUGAAAUAAUCAGGGUAGGUUAGGUUAUACUGGCUGGCCGAAGCCACGCAGAGGCCAUUUUGGUCCAUGGCGAUACCAGAUCAGAGUACUAUUUAGCGAAAAUAUACAUCAUUCAAGAAACGCGUACUGUUCACGAAUUUUAGGAGUCGCUCAAGCUCCAGUUCAGAGGUAGCUUCUAGCCUCUCAAUAGCCGCAAUCUCACACUACAAUAGUUAGAGAGACGUCAUCCCUGCAGAUAAACAAACAUAAGGAAGAGAAGUUACUUGUUUCUAAAUAUGGAUUCAGUGAAUGGCUUGGUAGCAUUGUGAUUAAAAGAUUUGUGAUUUUUAAAUUAAACGAACUAAUAAAAAUAAAGUGCCGCGUGUUAAAUUGUGAAAGCACAAAUUACAAAAUUUCGCUAAAAGUGCUGCUUUUCGGGAUUUCUUCCUGAUUUGCGAAAAAUAAAGUAGCGGCUUUCUCUGUAUUCUGUAAACCUAUUAUUAUUAAAUAAAAUUUUCGUGGACCUGGAUGUAAAAGUACAUUUUGUGUUGCAUUCAGAUCUUGCAGCUACAAAUUUUACAUUUCAAUCAUCAUCGGCUGCAAUUUACGAGAAGCACAGCGGUUGGUGUGUCUAAUACUUUCAAAUUGGUUUCUUCAUUUUCAACCAGUUCAACAGUUUCGUUUCGUACUAUGUAUAAGCUAAAGUGGAUAAAGUUUGCAUAUUUUUUUGCAAGGCCAUUGACAUUAAAGGAAAUAAUAUUAAUUUUAAUUUGUGCACUUUUUAAUUAUUUUCAAUUUUAAUACUUUUA